GCAAGUGUGUUGUAACGUUCCAAGCCUAUGCUUCUCUCAAACAAUCGCAAUCUCUCCAAAAAAAGCCAAUGCCCUUUUCCUUCUGCAACAACAAUAGCACCCUCCUUUCCUUUAACUUCCCUCUCUCUCUUUCUCAACCAAAACCAUCAUCAUGUCUAGAAUAAACCCCAGCGUUGCGUGGAUGGACGAGAGAGAAGACCAAAACUCUGCUUCAGCUUCAUGGGCCAGAACCUCCAGGCCCAGCAACAUCAUAACCACCGACAGAAACACAAACACAAACAUUGGUUUUGUCGAAAACACUAACAGAGACGACUUGGGAUCUAUCUGUGCCUUCAAACCCAUGUUGGAAGUGGACGAGGAAUGGUACAUGACCAACCACAACCACCAUCAAGACAUGACCUUUUCCCCAAACUUCGCUGACCCAGAUAACCUUUUGCUUCACGCUGUUGACUCUUCAUCCUCUUGCUCUCCCUCUUCCUCCGUCUUCAACAACCUCGACCCUUCACCCUCUCAAGUUCAGUACUUUCUCCCUUCCAACCCCAAACCCACCACUCUCUCUUCUCUGCUCAACCCUUUUGACAUGGCCUGUGAAGUGGGGUUUCUUGAUCCUCAAGCUUCGUCCUCUUUGCCACUUCUCAGUAGAGCUUCUUCCCUUCUGGGUAACCAGUUAGCGCUUCCUAGCAUGAACUCAGAAACACAGUUAACAACAACACCUCAAAGCAGCACCGCCUUUGCGGGGUUUCAGAACUUGGAAGAAGGUUCUGCUUCGAAGCCUCUAUUUCUUAACAGGUCAAAGAUUUUGAGGCCCCUUGAAUCGUUACCUCCUUCUGGGGCACAGCCGACGUUGUUUCAGAAGAGAGCAGCACUUAGGAAAAAUAUGGGAUCAGAAGGUGGAAGAGGGAAGUGUGAAGUGGGGGAAGGGAGUGACAAGAAGAGAAAAGAGGAGGUGGAAGAUGUGAGUUUUGAUGGGUCAGGGUUGAACUAUGAUUCUGAUGACUUGACUGAGAGUAAUUAUAAUAAGGUUGAAGAGAUUAGUGGCAAGAAUGGUGGAAACAGCUCCAAUGGAAACAGCACUGUCACGGGUUUGGAUCAGAAAGGGAAGAAGAAGGGAAUGCCUGCUAAGAAUUUGAUGGCUGAACGACGCCGUAGGAAGAAGCUCAAUGAUAGGCUCUACAUGCUGAGGUCCGUUGUUCCUAAGAUUAGCAAAAUGGACAGGGCUUCAAUCCUUGGGGAUGCAAUUGAGUAUCUUAAGGAGCUUCUGCAAAGGAUCAAUGAUCUUCAUAAUGAGUUGGAGUCAACACCUGCUGGUUCUUCUCUUACACCUGCCUCAAGCUUCCAUCCUUUGACACCUACUCCUCCGGCACUUCCGAGCCGAAUCAAAGAAGAACUAUGCCCCAGUUCAUUGCCAAGCCCCAGUGGCCAACCUGCCAGGGUUGAGGUUCGUUUGCGGGAAGGAAGGGCUGUUAACAUACACAUGUUUUGUGCCCGCAAACCUGGUCUGUUGCUCUCAACCAUGAGGGUUUUGGAUAACCUUGGAUUAGACAUUCAGCAGGCUGUUAUCAGCUGUUUCAAUGGAUUUGCUAUGGAUAUUUUUCGAGCCGAGCAAUGCAAAGAAGGUCAGGAUGUCCAUCCGGAGCAAAUCAAAGCAGUACUCUUGGAUUCGGCAGGCUUCAAUGGCAUGAUCUAACGAGAUUUUACAAAAAAAAAAUAAUAAUAAAACUGGUGGAUGCCGUUUCACAGUCCGUGUGUCAACUGUAAUCAGUUUUUACUUUGCAAUGUCCGCAAUUCAGGCGUACAAUAUUGGAUCUGGUAACUUCUGUUCAAGUUGAAUCAGAAGAAAUUUUCACAUGAAUUUUACCUCUGCAACAGCAGUUACUGGUUGGCACAUAUCACAUGUUCGUGUCGAACCAAAAGUUGAUGAUAUUCGAGUUCAAUUAGUCCAAGGAAAUAUUUGAAGACGCGUUUUGAUGUGAAACAUUGUAUUAUUUGUAUGACCAACCUAUUGUCCUCUUUACUC